AUGAUGCUUGUUGGGCGAUUCUACCCCGAAAGUCUAUCAGUUGCCGCCUUUUCCUACAUGUUCAGCACAUGCACCGGCUGGCUCAUUGGAAUGGGCGGCUCGACAGCUCUCGACACCCUCGCUUCGACUGCUUUCACUGGCUGCGACAAGCACUACACUGGCAUUUUGCUACAGAGAGCCGCGAUUGUUCUUACGUUAUUUUACAUCCCGAUUGCAGUCAUCUGGGUGUAUGCCGAGCCCCUCUUUAUCGCUCUUGGACAAGACAAAUCAUUGUCGCAUGAGUCGGCUAGGUUCUUGACGCAUCUCAUCCCUGGUGGUCUUGGAUACAUCUACUUUGAGAUUCUCAAAAAGUAUUUGCAAGCUCAGGGGAUCGUGCAGCCAGCGACAUACAUUCUUCUCAUCACUUCUCCUAUCAGCGCAGGCCUUAACUACUUGCUUAUUCAGUCCUCAGACUUUGGUGUCAUGGGAGCUCCCCUGGCAACGGGUAUCGGCUACUGGCUUUCCUUCCUCGCACUUCUCGCUUACGCACGCUUUGCGAGGGGAUACGAGUGCUGGGGCGGUUGGGACAGGCGUUGUCUUGAGAACCUGUCAGCCUUUACUCGUCUUGCUUUCCUCGGAUUCGUCCAUUUGGGCACGGAGUUCUGGGCAUUCGAGAUUGUUGCCCUUGUUGCUGGACGCCUGGGCCCGCUGCCGUUGGCGUCUCAAAGCGUUCUCAUGACCGCAGACCAGGUUCUUGUUACUAUACCGUUUGGCAUCGGCGUGGCAAUCAGUAUCAGAGUCGGCGGGCUGCUUGGUCUUAGAGAUAGAACCGCUGCCAUCAGCGCGGGUGUUGCCGUGGGUAGCAUUUUUUCAAAUAUUUGA